AUGUUACUUCUGGAAAACAACUUCGACGCGGACCCGUGGCCCAAAUCUGACAGGACUGCCCUCCAACUUGCUUUAUUCCCUGAGUCACCCAAGAAAGAGUGCGAUGAUUCUAUGGAGCUGGCCAAACUUCUUUGUAGCAAAGGAGUCGACCCGAAUCUCGUCGCACAGAAAGACCGGCUAACACCCUUGCAACAAGCCAUCGAGCAUGGGAAUCUAGAGAUUGUCGAGCUCUUAUUCGAGCACCACGCCAACGUCAACAAACACAGCGAGCCUGACGUUGAGUUUGAUCUGUCCGCAACACACCAACCGAACGAAGAAAGUUUAAUGACUCCUCUUCAGCUCGCCAUAAAGGAACAGCACCCAGCUAUCAUCAAGACCCUACUCAAGCAUGGUGCGGACGUUAAUUUGAGGGCCAAGAGAUGUGGUCCUCCCGGAGGACACAAGCCAUCCAUCCUAUAUCCCUUCCUCACCCCGCUUCAGUUAGCCCUUUACACUUCACAGCCCGAGUAUGUGGAGAUGAUUCUCGAGCAUGGGGCUAAUAUCAACGCACCACCUCAUCCACAAGGCGGUGCCACAGUGUUGCAAUACGCUGCGAUGAGGGGGUAUGUCGGGCUGGCUGAGGCCUUGUUGGAGAAGGGGGCAAAGGUGAACGCCGCUGCUUCCGAGUAUGAUGGGCGGACAGCUCUCGAAGGGGCGGGAGAAUAUGGUCGGCUAGACAUGGUACAGCUUCUACUAAAUGCUGGAGCGCGGGUUGACGGGUUUGACUUGGAGAGGGCAUUAGACAGGGCCGAAGGGAAUGGACAUAUCGCGCUGAAGGAAUAUCUGGAAAGGAGGUGUAUUGGUGUUUGA